AUGGCUCGUCUAAGCUACCUGCUCCUGGGCGCCCUCUCGGCGCUCGGCAGCUUCGCCAACGCCAGCUCCGCCGUUAAGGACCUGGUCCCCGAUAACUUCGACCAAGUCGUCCUGUCUGGCAAGCCUGCUCUGGUCGAAUUCUUUGCCCCCUGGUGCGGUCACUGCAAGACCCUCGCCCCCGUGUACGAGGAGCUUGGUGCUGCUUUCGCUUUUGCCGAGGACAAGGUCACCGUCGCCAAGGUCGAUGCCGAUGCGAACCGCGAUCUCGGAAAGCGUUUCGGUGUUCAGGGUUUCCCUACCUUGAAGUGGUUCGAUGGAAAGAGUGACAAGCCCGAGGAGUACAAGGGUGGCCGUGAUCUCGAGAGCUUGUCCUCCUGGAUUACCGACAAGACUGGCAUUAAGCCCCGUGGUGCGCAGAAGGAGGCUAGCAAGGUUGAGAUGCUCAACGAUGCUACCUUCAAGACUGUUGUUGGCAGCGAUAAGAGCGUUUUGGUUGCCUUUACCGCGCCGUGGUGUGGCCACUGCAAGACCCUCGCUCCCACCUGGGAGACUCUCGCCAACGACUUCGCCCUCGAGUCCAACGUUGUGAUCGCUAAGGUUGAUGCCGAGGCCGAGAACGCUCGCACCCUGGCCAAGGAGCAGGGCGUUACCGGUUACCCUACCAUCAAGUUCUUCGCUGCUGGCUCGACCGAGCCUGAGGCUUACUCCGGUGGCCGCUCUGAGGAGGCCCUUGUCGAGUUCCUUAACACCAAGACUGGUACCAACCGUGCCGUCGGUGGCGCUUUGAACACCAAGGCUGGCACCAUCGCCGUCCUGGACAAGCUCGUUAGCGAGUACAUGCCCACUGCUAAGUUCGAGAAGCUUGCCGGUGAGCUCAAGAAGGCUGCCAAGGGUCUGCAGGACAAGUACGCCUUGUACUACGUCAAGGUUGCGGACAAGCUGAACUCGAACCAGCAGUACGCCAGCAAUGAGCUGGCUCGUCUGGUCAAGAUCCUCAGCAAGGGUAACUCCGCGCCUGAGAAGCUCGAUGACAUUGUCUCGCGCAGCAACAUCCUGCGUCGCUUCGCUGGCGAGGACCAGGAGAAGAAGGAUGAGCUGUAA